ACUACGCUUUUCCCGCCAAAAAAACUGCGCAUUCGGCGUGCAAUUUGCGGCAUUAGUUUUGUUUGCAUUUGCGUUUGCCUUCGUAGUUCGAGCGGGUCGAAGUUAGUCCACAAGAGAAAUCGGAAGAAGUUUAGUGAACGCCAGCGAACAGCAUAAGCAACAGAAUGGCCCACGAGGGGGAGCAGUUCAUCAAGGACAUACAGCGCGAGUAUGUGGACUUUCUGGACGACGAGGAGGAUCAGGGCAUCUAUGCGGGCCACGUCAAGGACAUGAUCGCGGAGAAGAGCAAGCGCCUGAUCGUGAACGUCAACGAUCUAAAGCGCAAGAAUCCGCAGCGUGCAUUGGGGCUACUGGGCAACGCGGCGGAUGAGCAGCUGGCCUUUGGCAGGGCGCUCAAGGAGUAUGCGUCCACCGUUGAUCCGGGCUAUGCCAAAAUGCACGAGGAUCUGUUUGUCGGCUUCGAGGGCUGCUUUGGCAAUCGGCAUGUGACGCCGCGCUCCCUCACCUCCAUCUAUCUGGGCAACAUGGUGUGCGUGGAGGGCAUUGUCACCAAGGUGUCGCUGAUUCGUCCCAAGGUGGUGCGCAGCGUUCACUACUGCCCCAAUACCCGGAAGGUCAUGGAGCGCAAGUACACCGAUCUCACAUCGUUCGAGGCUGUGCCAUCUGGCGCUGCCUAUCCCACAAAGGACGAGGAUGGCAAUCUGCUGGAGACCGAAUACGGUUUGUCCGUCUAUAAGGAUCACCAGACGCUGACCAUUCAAGAGAUGCCGGAGAAGGCGCCGGCUGGCCAAUUGCCGCGCUCGGUGGAUAUUGUGUGCGACGACGAUCUCGUGGAUCGCUGCAAGCCCGGCGAUCGUGUACAGAUUGUGGGCAGCUAUCGCUGUUUGCCGGGCAAACGCGGUGGCUACACCUCGGGCACGUUCCGCACCGUGCUGCUGGCCAACAAUAUAUCGCUGUUGAGCAAGGAGAGCAACCUGGACAUAUCGCGCGAGGACAUUAUGCUGUGCAAGAAGCUAGCGAAGAACAACGACAUCUUCGAGCUGCUCAGCAAGAGUUUGGCGCCCUCGAUUCAUGGACACGCCUACGUGAAGCAGGCCAUCCUUUGCCUGCUGCUCGGCGGCGUGGAGAAGAUCCUGCCGAAUGGCACACGCCUGCGUGGCGAUAUCAAUGUCCUGCUCAUCGGCGAUCCUUCGGUGGCCAAGUCGCAGCUGCUGCGCUACGUCUUGAAUACGGCACCAAGGGCCAUACCGACGACGGGUCGCGGAUCCAGCGGCGUGGGUCUAACGGCGGCGGUCACCACGGAUCAGGAGACCGGUGAGCGGCGAUUGGAGGCGGGCGCCAUGGUCCUGGCCGAUCGCGGUGUCGUCUGCAUCGAUGAGUUUGACAAGAUGAGCGACAUCGAUCGCACAGCCAUCCAUGAGGUGAUGGAACAGGGUCGCGUGACCAUUUCCAAGGCGGGCAUCCAUGCCUCGCUCAAUGCUCGCUGCUCCGUCCUGGCGGCCGCUAAUCCGGUGUACGGAAGGUAUGAUCAAUAUAAGACGCCAAUGGAAAAUAUUGGACUGCAGGAUUCGCUGCUUUCGCGUUUCGAUUUGCUCUUCGUUAUGCUGGACGUGAUUGACAGCGAUGUGGACCAGAUGAUUUCGGACCAUGUGGUGCGCAUGCAUCGCUAUCGCAAUCCCAAGGAGGCCGACGGCGAGCCCUUGUCCAUGGGCAGCUCCUAUGCGGACUCCUUGUCCUUUGUUUCCAGCAGCGAGGAGAAGAAGGACACCGAGGUGUACGAGAAGUACGAUGCCCUGCUGCAUGGCAAGUCGCGUCAGCGCCACGAGAAGAUCCUGUCCGUGGAGUUCAUGCGCAAGUACAUCCACAUUGCCAAGUGCAUGAAGCCCAAGUUGGGCGAGCAGGCCUGCGAGGCGAUUGCCAAUGAGUACUCGCGCCUGCGCUCCCAGGAGGCGGUCGAAACGGAUGUGGCACGCACGCAGCCAAUAACGGCCCGUACCCUGGAGACCCUCAUCCGUUUGUCCACGGCCCAUGCCCGGGCACGCAUGUCCAAGUCGGUGACCAUUGACGAUGCCCAUGCGGCCAUCGAGCUGGUCCAGUUCGCCUACUUCAAGAAGGUGCUGGAUAAGGAUCGCGCCAACAAGCGUCGCCGCAACAGCGGCUCCGACGCGGAGGAUGACAACGGUGAGGCUUCUAGCCAGCGUUCACCAUCGCGCCGUUCCAAGCGCACACGCACAGCGACUGUGGGCGCCGACAGCGAUGAGGAGGAUAUUGAGCCACCACAGCCGGAUGCUGGCGAUUUGACGCGUCGCGAGACUCGUCGUUCGCUGCCCCCUCGCUCGGUCUCCACGUUGUUGGCCAGCCCCUCCAGUGAGGAGCAGUCGGUGGCAGCUGGCGCCACAACGACCACCGAGCCGGCCGUCAUCAGCGAUGCCCGCCUGGGCGAGUUCAAGAACAAUUUGCAGCGCCUGUUCCGCGAGGCGCGCGAACAGAGCUUGGCGCUGGCCAGGAUCACCACGGCCAUCAACGUUGGCAGCCAGGAGCCGUUCACCGCUGGCGAAAUCGAGGCCGCCGUGCAUCGCAUGACCGAGGACAAUCAGAUCAUGGUCGCCGACGAUAUAGUCUUUCUCAUCUAAUCGCGCAUUCCAAGGAGCAUCAAUCUGCAUCCACUUUUAUCCAUCAUCCAUACUAGCGCUUAAGUUGUCUUUUUUUGUUUUGUAUUUAUAUGAUAAAAUAAACACUUUGGAACUCCCAUUGCAAUCCAUGGAAA